AUGCCGCCAUCAUCGCGGAAAGCUACGAAAGCGCGCACUACAGCUGACAUAGAUGACGACUUCUUCGAUGGCACUGUGCUGGCAGACAGCAGCAGGAGCAGAACGAGAUCAAAUGGGUCCGACGAUGACCUUCCCGGCCUUCCAACAGCACCGACAACGCCACGGACUAAGACAAGGACCAAAGAUGCAUUGGGAAAGAAACGUGGAGGGUCAUCAUCACCACCUCCCAUUGAUGAGCUUGAGGCGCCGCACAUUGAGAAAAUGCACAAAUGUCUGUCGAAGUUCGAUCUGCGCGACGACGAGUGGAUGAUGGUGGAAGACGAGUUUCUGGAGACAGCAAAGCUCUUCUCGCGACACUUGCACAUCGCCGAAUACGAGAAGCUUAAGGCGAUGAUCGAAGAGAAGAAGAAAGAAGCUGCUGAGGUUACCAGACCCGUCGUUGCAAAUGCGAAGAGGUCGACUAGUGGCGAGAUGAAGGAGAAGGCCAGGGUCCAAGAGCUGAAGCAGAAGGAAGCGAUUCGCGAUGUGUUUGCGUCGCAGGAAGACGAAGAUGACCAAGAAGGGCGGGCCGUGUUGUCAAAUCGGUCUCAUUUUGCGUCUUCGUUCAUGGCCUCAAGACACGUUGCGACCACUAGCAAAUACGCAGCACAAGAUAGCGACUACGACAGCGACGAUCUAGACGCACCGCGCCCGUCAGCAAAGCCCGUUCCCAGAUCCACCACCACACCCACCCCAGUCCGCAACAGCAGUGCAGCAGAGGGGCAAAAGUCUGCCUCGUCUCUUGCACCCAAUCCGAACCCCGUCUUCGCUAAGCCUGCGCCACCUACACCUGCAGCAAAAUCUCGCUCACGCAUAAGUCGCGCAACACCCUUUGACAUGCUUGACGAUUUGGUACCGACGAAGAAAAGUAAGGCAUUGUCGGGGUCUUCGCCGCAGCAGCCUGUUGAGACAUCGCAUGCAACGCGCGCAUCAAGUGUCAGCAAGUAUACCCAAUCCUUCGAUUCUGUGGGCGAUCGGGGUGGUGCUAAGGGACGAUCAAGUGCUUUGUUCGAUGAAAAUGCGUUAGUCAGAGAUCCGGGCGGCAGUGGUGGUAACAGCGGUGUCAGUAAGGAGACUUCGGAGCGCAUUGCCAAGCGCAAGGCUGAAAGGGAGAAGAACGAGAAGGAGCGGAAACGGAAAGCUGCGGAUUUAGAUGACGUACCGACAUUCUUGUUUUGA